AGAAUGAAGUGGGGACAUGUAGUUGUCACCUUAUUAAAUUAUUCUUCCGCAGUUGGCCAGGGACCCCGGACAUUGGGGGAGCUGGAAGGAGAUCUGGUGUUGUAGGAUUACGGAACACUGACUUUGGGGCUGUGAUGUCACAGAGGAAGGAUCCGUGUCAGAAAGCUGCGUGUGCCAUUCAGAAGUGUCUGCAAGCACACAAAUACAACGAGUCGCAGUGUCAGGCCGAGUUUCAAGAAAUGCGGAUUUGUUGUUCAAAACCAGUCAACCAAAAUUCAUUGUGUUGCUCCGGCUUUUCCGAUCAGAAAACAAAUGAUGGAAAAACUGAUCAUGAGACAAUCAACGAAGAACUCCACUAGACAAGUUCUAUAGUUGUACAGAGUGGUGGACGCAAAUGUGAUUAUUUAUGAUGAAGUACAAAUCAACAAUGGAAGACUAAAUAUAUUUUCUAUGUAUAAAAUAAAAAAAUGGUUUUGAACUUGUUA